AUGACAGUUGAAACAGAUAAAAAAGAAAUAUCGGAAUGGGAUGAACCGACGAAUAAGAGUGGAUUGGGAGCGGUCGGUGCCACUCCGAGAAGAAACAGAUGGGAUGAAACACCCCAGAAGAUGGCGAGUAGCGUCGUUGCAGAGACACCAAAGCGAAGAUCGAGAUGGGAUGAAACACCGGUUCAACAGAUGGGUGCUCAGACACCGAGAAUCGGAAUGGCAGGCGUUGGUGGUAUCACUCCGCUUGGCGGCGGUGUCACUCCGCUCGGUGGAAUGUCGAUGAUGACACCGCUUCCGGGCAGUGCAGGUUCUUCGUCGGUUGCUCUAAAGAUUGAGCGAGAGAUCGACGAUCGUAACAGACCGUGGACAGAGGAGGAACUCAAUGCACAGCUACCAAGCGAUGGCUACGAGAUAUUGGCGCCACCCGCCGGCUACGUGCCGAUAAUGACACCGGCGCGAAAGUUGAUGUCGACGCCGGUCGGUGUCGCCGGAACGAGCGGUGGAUUCUUCAUUCCUGAAGACCAACCGCGUGUAUCUGGUGGCGCUGGCGAUCAGAGUCUGGAGGAUCAAGAGCGUCAUUUGCUCGUCAAGGUUAUCGAUCGUGUUCUCUAUAAGCUCGACGACUUGGUGCGUCCAUUCGUGAGAAAGAUUCUCUCUGUGAUCGAACCAUACCUGAUCGAUCAGAACUAUUAUGCGCGUGUCGAAGCGCGUGAGAUUAUCUCCAAUCUUUCAAAGGCAGCUGGUUUGGCAUCGAUGACCGCAACAAUGCGUCCCGAUAUCGAUUCGCCCGAGGAAGACAUUAGAAAUACUACGGCUCGUGCAUUCGCUGUGGUUGCAUCCGCACUUGGUAUUCCUUCGCUGCUUCCCUUCUUGAGAGCAGUUUGCAAGAGUAAAAAGUCGUGGCAAGCGCGUCACACCGGUAUCAAGAUUAUUCAGCAGAUUGCCAUCUUGAUGGGUUGUGCAAUUCUGCCGCAUUUGAAGUCUAUGGUUGAGAUUGUAGAGCAUGGAUUGAACGACGAUCAACCCAAGGUAAGAACUAUCACUGCGCUCGCUAUUGCCGCACUGGCAGAAGCCGCUACACCCUAUGGUAUCGAAUCGUUUGACUCUGUGCUCAAACCACUCUGGUAUGGUAUCAGACAGUAUCGUGACAAAGGUUUGGCAGCGUUCCUCAAGGCGAUCGGUUAUAUCAUUCCACUGAUGGAUGCACGUUACGCUUCCUACUACACCAAGGAGGUCAUGACAAUUCUGGUUCGUGAGUUCAAGACCAACGAAGAUGAGAUGAAGAAGAUCAUUCUCAAGGUGGUCAAGCAGUGUGUUGGAACGGAGGGUGUCGAAGCGCAGUACAUCCGUGAUGAAGUGGUACCAGAGUUUUUCAAACAGUUCUGGGUUAGAAGAAUGGCCGAUCGUCGUAAUCACAAGCAACUGGUCGAGACAACCGUGGAGAUUGCCAACAAGGUCGGUGGUGCAGAGGUUAUCGCCAAGAUCGUUGACGAUCUCAAAGACGAGUCGGAACCAUAUCGUAAGAUGGUAAUGGAAGCGAUAGAGAAGAUCAUCUCGUCACUGGGAGCAUCAGACAUCAAUCCACGACUUGAGGAGCAGUUGAUCGAUGGUGUUCUCUAUGCAUUCCAGGAGCAGAGUACCGACGAAACACUGAUUAUGCUUCAGGGAUUCGGUACUAUUGUACUGUCGCUUGGUGUUCGUGUCAAGCCGUAUCUCACACAGAUCGCCGGUACCAUCAAGUGGCGUCUCAACAACAAGUCGGCAAAAGUACGUCAACAGGCAGCCGACUUGAUUUCGCGUAUCGCCGUCGUCAUGCAACUGUGUGGCGAGGAACAGCUUAUGUCUCAUCUCGGUCAGAUUCUCUACGAGUAUCUGGGUGAGGAGUAUCCAGAGGUGCUGGGUUCGAUUCUCGGCGCGUUAAAGUCGAUCGUCAAUGUCAUCGGUAUGACCAAGAUGACGCCACCCAUCAAAGACUUGCUGCCACGUCUCACACCGAUCCUAAAGAAUCGUCACGAGAAGGUACAAGAGAAUUGCAUCGAUUUGGUCGGUCGUAUUGCCGAUCGUGGUGCCGACUUUGUUUUGGAGCGUGAGUGGAUGCGUAUCUGCUUCGAGCUGCUCGACAUGCUCAAGGCACACAAGAAGGGAAUUCGUCGUGCCACUGUAAAUACAUUUGGUUACAUUGCCAAAGCGAUUGGACCGCAAGAAGUUCUGGGAACACUGCUCAACAAUCUCAAGGUUCAAGACCGUCAGAAUCGUGUGUGUACAACCAUCGCCAUUGCUAUUGUCGCAGAGACUUGCGCACCUUACACCGUACUACCGGGACUGAUGAACGAGUACCGUAUACCGGAACUGAACGUUCAGAACGGUGUACUAAAAUCAUUGUCGUUUUUGUUUGAGUAUAUUGGGGAGAUGGGUAAAGACUAUAUCUACGCGGUGACGCCGCUCCUAGAGGACGCCCUGAUGGAUCGUGAUCCUGUACAUAGACAGACGGCUUGUUCCGCCGUCAAACACAUGUCACUCGGUGUGCACGGUCUCGGCUGUGAAGAUGCAUUGAUACAUCUACUCAACUAUGUUUGGCCAAACAUCUUUGAGACAUCGCCACACGUCAUCAACGCAUUCCUCGAGUCUGUGGAAGGUCUCAGAACCGCACUCGGACCAACCAUCAUCCUACAAUAUACACUUCAAGGUCUAUUCCAUCCCGCUAGAAAAGUACGUGACAUCUAUUGGAAAGUCUACAACAUGCUAUACAUCAGUUCACAGGAUGCAAUGAUCCCCGCAUACCCAAGAGCUGCCGACGACGGUCCAAACACCUACACAAGAUAUGAACUUGACUAUAUGAGUGAUACUACUAAAGAUAAAAAAGAUAGUGAUAAGAAGCAACAGAUUAGCAAAAGAAAGAAAAGAGAAGAUGAUGAGAUUAUUUCAAUUCAAGAUGCUUUGAAUGAUCAUGUUGACGCACAAAAAGAGCUAUAUGAAGAAGCUGUUGAUCAAUAUAAACAGAAUUGGGGUGAUGAAGAUAAAUGCACAUUUGAUAAAGGAUAUAUUACACAACCUGUUUAUGCAUGUAAAGAUUGUCCAGGUACAUUUGGAUUUUGUUUUGGAUGUUCAAUGCAAUGUCAUUUGGAUCACGAUAUCAUAGAGUUAUUCAAGAAGCGUGCAUUUAGAUGUGAUUGUGGUACAAAGAAAGCUGGAUCAACUAAAUGUAUACUUCAAAACAAUAAGGUUGGUGCAGAUGACAAUACAGAGAAUCAAUACAAUCAGAACUUUAGUGGAAAAUACUGCUACUGUAAGAUGACCUACAAUUUCGAGGAGGAUAUGGUGCAAUGUCUGUUUUGUUAUGAAUGGUUUCAUGAGACUUGUAUUAAAUUGAAUUCAAAUAUAGAGAUACCAGAUUUAGAUGAAAUGUCAGACUUUAUCUGUGGAGAUUGUAUAUUAAAGAAUCAAUUUUUAGUAAACUAUCCAAACAUAAGAUUGUUUGCAAAUACAGAUGAUCAUAAAGAUCAUACAGAAAAAGAUAAAGAUGAUAAAGAGAAAGAUAAAGAAAAUGGAAAUUUGAAGAGAAAAGUAGAUGGUAAAGAUGAAGAACACAACAACAACAACAUUAAGAAACAUAAAAAAGAUGAUGAAAUAGUUGAUGUUAUCACAGUAUCAACAACAACAACAACUACUACAAAUAAUAAUGAUAAUAAUGAUGAAAAUGUAAAGAAAGAAGAAAUAGUAGUUUGUAAAUGGAAUAAGCAAUUGAAAGGAUUGAAUUGUGAUUUGUUUUGUAAAGAUGGUUGGAGAAAUAUGUUGUGUAGAUGUGGAGAAUGUAUGAAACACUAUGAAACUCAGAAGUGUAUGUUUAUAUUCGAUAAGCCAAGUGAGUCUGAUGACGACGACGAUGGAGAGAAAUCAAAGAAAGAAGAUAAAACACCACCUAACCUAUUCACAGAGAUGGACACUGUAUUCAAGAAGGUCAUUCCCGCACCACAACAAGAUACACUCCUACAAGGCUACUCUGCCAUGAAAGAUAAAUUGUCGGCGCUAUUUGCCUCCAAACAACAAUCAAGUGAAGUAAUCACCAAACAAGACAUUCAAGCAAUCUUUAGUGAGUUGGCGAAAAAGAAGCAAGCAAAAUAA